CAAAUUUCUUAUUCAAAAUCUACAUAAAAAAUAAUAGUUACACGAUAUAAUAACAUCAUGUGGCAUUCCUAAAUACUGAAAAAUAAUGAGCUUGUUGAACACAAUUGGGAUAUAGUGGAAUAGUGCUUGAAGGAGCUUCCUGAACACUAGUAUAUAAAUCAAUAUAUAGUUUUGCUUGAAACAAGAAAGGAAAGGUGCUUGGAGUUUUUGAUGUUGACAAGUAAUGCAUGGGGAGGAAUAAGGGAACCAAAGGGGUAGGGAAGGAAGGAUAAAGGUGAUGCUUUGUCCUAGAACUUUAUUCAAAAUGCAGAUGCUUUUUGACAAAAAAUUAUGGGUCCAUGGUUGGGACGCGGAAUCAUGUGCCUUCCUACAGAGGCUUGUAGCUUUCAUUGAAAAUUUAAACCUAUGCAUUCGUAUUGGGAUCACAGAGUUUAUCGAAAUCGAAAUCACAGUGAGAGAUCGAAAUCGAGAGUAGAUUCUCUCCAGUAUAAAUUUCCCCCUGUUUAAUCUCCACCCCAUGUUCUGUACUAUUGCAAGAUAAUUAUUAAUUAAAAAAUGAAUCAAUGGCUAGAAUAAAAAAUUUACUCCCUCCUGUGAAAAUCAAACUGGAGGGGAUCUACUCUCAUCGAAAUCAAGGUGAGAGUUACAUGCAUGAUUUUAAAGAGAAACUACCGUAAUAUGAAACAUACAUUAAAGAGUUACAUGCAUGUUUGGUAUUACGGUGAAUUUACUAAAAUCACAGUGAAGUGGAACCACCGCAAUCUUUUAAAAACUCCACUGUGUAACAUUUGCAAAAUCACGGUAAUAAAUUCCCUGUUAUUCCGAUGAAAUCACCAUUGGUACCAACACACAAAUACACCUUCCAACAUUGUUAGUCAAACAAUGUCAUGAAGAGGGAUGAACAUGUACAUAAUAACUACAAGUCCUAGAUAUUGCUAUUGGUGUACACACACACUUUUUAACAUCACAAUCUCAUCUAUACUUCCUCUUGCAAAAAACAAUAUUUCAUACUUGAAUUGAAUAUCACACAUGAAACCAAUAACUUCUAUAAUAGUUAAAUAAAUCAACAGUAACAAACAAGAGAUCUAGAGCGUGACAACAAACUUUGUUAAACAAUAAAUUUAUGAUUUAUCUGCCACUCUCCCCAAUUUGUUUUUUGACUAAAAGGGUUAAGACAAACAAGCGUGUGACUCUAAAAACAUUAAUAAAUAAAUCCAAAAUUCAAUUUUUAUAUCACAAAAGCAAGAAAAACUCUUCUCAUACUUAUGAUUGCUUUUACAAAAAUAAAAUAAAAUAAAUGGUAUGAUCACAAAUAAAAAAUGCACAUGUGCAUUCAUUCAUGAAUUGAUAUCUCACUCACAUAUAGAAAAUUUAACCAAAAAAAAAACAUAGAAAAUUUAAGAAUUAGAAUCAGAACUUUUUGUCUGUGACUAGGAGAUUAGUAAAUAGAAAAAAAGUGAGAUGCUUGCUUGGGCCAUUCAUAUUACAUUCAUUCUCACUCAACUCAACAAUAGCCAUCAAGUUAAAAUCAAUAAAUAAAUAAAAACAUUCACAAAUUCACAAACUAAUCUUAAAAUAAUAUUCUCUUACAAAAAAACAAUUAAAAAAAAAAGCUGAGGUGGAUGAUAACGAACCCGUAGUGGAGGUAAUUGAAAAAAGUUGUAAAAGAAAUCAAUCCUUCACAAGAGAGCAUGGAAUCCAACCUGCUCACAAACAAACCUUCCUUCCUUCCCUAAAUAAACGGAAAAAAUAUUAAUUAAAUUAUCAUUAAAAUAAAAUAAUAAAAACGCAACCUUCAACGCAAUAGUACAAUACACAGAACGAAAACGAGUCUUUUAUUUUCUAUUCUCGAGAUAUGAGAAUAUGAACACUAUGACGACGCCGUUUCAACAAGGACCACCGCAAACGGUGAGAAGAUUGGCGGUCGAAGUUGUUGAUGCACGAAAUCUUCUUCCUAAAGAUGGUCAAGGAAGUUCUAGUCCUUAUGUUGUGGCGGAUUUUGAUGGUCAGAGAAAACGAACCACCACCCGGUUCAAAGAGCUUAACCCGGUUUGGAAUGAAUCACUUGAGUUCAUUGUUUCUGACCCGGAAAAUAUGGAGUUUGAAGAGCUUGAAGUUGAGGUUUAUAAUGAUAAGAAAUUUGGGAAUGGUAGUGGACGGAAGAAUCAUUUUCUCGGUAGAGUGAAGCUUUAUGGAACUCAGUUUUCAGGUAGAGGAGAAGAAGCUUUGGUUUAUUAUACUUUAGAGAAGAAGAGUGUUUUCAGUUGGGUUAGAGGUGAAAUUGGUCUCAAGAUUUAUUACUAUGAUGAGAUGUUACAGCAAGAGGAACAACAACAACAACAACAACAACAACAGGAGCAACAACGGCCGCCGGAGGAGGAGCGACACGGUGGUGGUGGUAAUGAGCAAGAGAGAAACAGGCCUCCGAUGAUGGUUGAAGAGGGAAGGGUUUUUCAGGUUUCUGAACAAAUGGAGCAUUGUGUUCCACUUCCAGAUGGUCCUCAUUCGCCGCGUGUUGUGGUUAUGGAAGAAUCACCUUCUCCGGUGGUUCGUGUUCAACAGGAUCCACCGUUACCGGAGAUGUAUGGUCCACCGGAACCUGAAAUGCAGUAUAAUCAUCACCAGCCAGAAGUGAGGAAAAUGCAGGCAAUGAGAAAUGAUAGAGUGAAGAUUAUGAAAAGACCGAACGGUGGUGGUGAUUAUGCUCCGAAAGAUAUCUCCGGGAAGAAACCAAACGGUGAAUCUGAAAGGAUUCAUCCCUAUGAUCUAGUUGAACCAAUGCAGUAUCUGUUUGUUAGAAUCGUGAAAGUUCGUGGGCUUAAUCCUCCAACUGAAAGCCCAUUCGUGAAGGUUCGAACAACAAGUCACUAUGUUAGAUCGAAGCCCGCUAGUUACCGGCCCAACGAGCCUAACGACUCGCCGGAAUGGAACCAGGUGUUUGCUUUGGGUUAUAACAAAACCGACGCAACCGGUGCCACGUUGGAGAUUUCCGUUUGGGAUUCACCAACAGAGCAAUUUCUCGGUGGUGUUUGUUUUGAUCUUUCAGAUGUACCUAUUCGAGAUUCACCAGAUAGUCCUCUUGCUCCACAAUGGUACCGUCUCGAAGGUGGCGCCGCUGAACAAAACACCGGUAGAGUCUCCGGUGAUAUACAGCUUUCCGUUUGGAUCGGAACUCAAUCUGACGAUGCUUUUCCAGAAGCAUGGAGUUCAGAUGCACCAUACGUGGCGCAUACUCGUUCGAAGGUUUAUCAAUCUCCGAAGCUUUGGUAUCUAAGAGUUACAGUAAUGGAAGCACAAGACCUGAAUCUGACUCCGAAUCUACCUCCAUUAACAGCACCGGAAAUAAGAGUAAAGGUUCAAUUAGGGUUUCAAUCACAGAGAACGAGAAGAGGAUCAAUGAAUCACCACAGCAUGUCGUUUCACUGGUACGAAGAUCUUCUCUUCGUAGCUGGAGAGCCACUAGAAGAUUCCAUGGUCCUUCUGGUAGAAGAUCGCACCACCAAGGAAGCAGCCUUACUCGGCCACGUGGUAAUUCCUCUUACUUCAAUUGAACAACGAAUAGACGACCGCCACGUGCCUGCCAAAUGGUUUCCAUUAGAAGGUGGAACCUACUGCGGACGAGUCCACCUACGUCUCUGUUUAGAAGGUGGUUAUCACGUGCUUGAUGAAGCGGCGCACGUGUGCAGCGAUUUCCGUCCCACCGCGAAAUCUCUCUGGAAACCACCCGUUGGUAUACUUGAACUUGGAAUCCUAGGCGCUCGCGGUCUUCUCCCAAUGAAAUCCAAGGGUCCAGGAAAAGGUUCCACCGAUGCGUACUGUGUAGCAAAAUACGGUAAAAAAUGGGUACGAACACGCACCGUAACAGAUAGCUUUGAUCCACGUUGGAACGAACAGUACACGUGGCAGGUAUACGAUCCAUGUACAGUCUUGACCGUAGGCGUAUUCGACAACUGGCGUAUGUUUGCUGACGUGUCAGAAGAAAGACCAGAUUGCCGUAUAGGAAAAAUCCGUAUACGAGUCUCUACGCUAGAAAGCAACAAAAUCUACACAAGUUCAUAUCCUUUACUUGUUCUAACUCGAACCGGUUUAAAGAAAAUGGGUGAAAUCGAGUUAGCGGUUCGGUUCGCAUGCCCAAGUUUUAUGCCAGACACGUGUGCAGUUUACGGACAACCGUUACUUCCAAAAAUGCAUUACAUCCGUCCACUUGGCGUGGCUCAGCAGGAAGCUCUCCGUGGCGCAGCCACAAAAAUGGUGGCGCAGUGGCUGGCGCGGUCUGAGCCACCAAUGGGACAUGAAGUUGUUCGUUAUAUGUUGGAUGCUGACUCACACGCGUGGAGUAUGAGAAAAAGUAAAGCGAAUUGGUUUAGAAUUGUUGCAGUUUUAUCUUGGGCCGUUGGAUUAGCUAAAUGGUUAGAUGAUAUAAGAAGAUGGAAAAAUCCAGUUACAACGGUUUUACUUCAUAUACUUUACUUAGUCCUUGUUUGGUAUCCAGAUUUAAUUGUUCCAACCGGGUUUUUAUACGUUGUUUUAAUCGGAAUCUGGUAUUACCGAUUCAGACCUAAAAUACCUGCUGGUAUGGAUACAAGAUUAUCACAAGCCGAAGCUGUUGAUCCCGAUGAAUUAGACGAAGAAUUCGACACAAUGCCUAGCUCCAAACCACCUGAUUUGGUUAGGAUUAGGUACGAUAGGUUAAGAAUGUUGGCUGCGAGGGUGCAAACUGUUUUGGGGGAUUUUGCUACACAAGGAGAAAGACUUCAAGCAUUGGUUAGUUGGAGAGAUCCAAGAGCAACGAAAUUGUUCAUUGGAGUGUGUUUUGUUGUUGCUAUUAUACUUUAUUCUGUGCCUCCUAAAAUGGUUGCUGUGGCUUUAGGAUUCUAUUAUCUUCGUCAUCCAAUGUUCCGGAAUCCUAUGCCUCCGGCUAGUUUGAACUUUUUCCGACGACUUCCUAGUUUGUCUGAUAGGUUGAUGUAGAUUAAACUGUGGUGAAAGCCAAAAUAGUAUUACUAGUAUUCAAAUUCAUAAAUUAGUUUUAUUUUAA